UCUUGGCUACAAAUAAGUAACUGCAUUAGUUUUCUAGCUUCACGCUUUCACAAACCUGGGCACAUUUUCAUAUUUAAGGAGGCAAAUUUCUCCCUCAUUAUAUGGAAAUUUAAUGAUUACAAAACUUGCAUUUUAAAUCACCCUUAUUUAAAUCUCCCUUAGCUUACACUUAAGUCUAAGAAGUUGAAGAGAUUGAGCACAAUGGCCAUUAAUAAUUUCCUUAUCAAAAUCUCAACCAUUCUCUUCCUAAUAAUCGCCUCACUACUUCUACUAUCCACAUCCCAAAACUCUCAAGUUUCAUCAUCAUCAUCAAUAGAAAAUAUUUCAACAGUAUCAUCAAAUACUAACACUUCCGAUCAUCAAUAUGCUGAAAAAGAUGAGAACCGCAAUGACAAUGAAGACGAUGAAGACGACAAAGAUGAAGAGUUUUACGUCCUGGACAAGGUGGCGGGGCAAACGCCGGCCACAAACGUCGGGAUUAGGAGUAGUAGUCGAUUCUUGGCGAGCUACAUCAUAAAGAAAGGCACGCACUGUGACCCCAAGACGUACAACAUAUGCAAUGGAGUCCCGGCUAACAAAGGGAAGAGCAUUCUGUAUUGCUGCAAAACGCAUUGUCGUAACGUCCUUGGAGACCGUAACAACUGUGGUAGAUGUGGCCACAAGUGCAAGUUUGAGGACCGUUGCUGUAAUGGGAAAUGCACCAAAGUUUUGUUUAAUAAACACAAUUGUGGAAAGUGUGGGAAGAAAUGCAAGGCUGGAGUUGCUUGUGAUAAUGGCUACUGUGGUUAUGCAUGAUCAUGAUCAAUAUAUAUAAAUAUUGUCAUGAUGAGAUUUUGAUAAGUUCAUAAUAUAGUUGUGUCUUGAUAUCCUUCCUAUAUAUGUAUGUGCACGUAUAUACUUAUUCUACGUACGUACUCACUUCUCUACGGGUACGUACGGCUUCUUGGAUACGAUCUCUGUAUCUAAAAGUUUGAUUUUUGUAAUUUGGAUUUUUAUACGUAAUUUAUAUUGUAUCUCAUACAAUAAUUAAUAAUGG